AAAUUUCUGUCAACAACAAUUUGACAGUUUUAUUAAAGCGUUUAAAAAUGGAAGAAUCCACCACUCCCCGAGUGUUUCAAGAACCAUGCGACUUAUAUCAGCACUUUUUAGACCAACCAAGCGUGACGACAAUCGAGACUUUAUCAUCCUCUUCCACCGAAUCCUCCGACAAACAGACUUCUCGUCGCUCCAUGUUGGUGACAGGUUUCGGUAUGCGAAACUGGGAUUCUCUCCAGCGAGCCCUCCUCGAUGACGAACAACGUCGCCAAAUGCUCCUCUCAAGACACGACACGGCUGAAGCCUACGAAUGCGAAUCACUUUACUCCUCACCACCUUCAACUCUAUCAUUUAAAACAAAGAGUAAAAGUUCUGUUUUCACACCAGACUCGGAAACUGCAAGUGCGAAAUCACCGUCUUUGGAGUAUUUGAUGGGGCUUGCAGCAGAUGACGGCGAAUAUGAAGAAAUGAAAAAACCGGUUCGGGAGAAACUGGAGUCAAUUGCGGGUGCAACUGAGGAGGAAAUGGACUCGAAAAUGACUGAAGCUAUGAAAAAGGCUCGCAAGUAUUUGCGCCAACACAAGAUUUUUGAAUUUUUUCGGUUCUUGAUAGCUCAUAUGUUGAGCGAAAUGCCUGAUGACCCAAUCCAGUUUCUGGUAGAUUUAUUAGACAAGUGUCUUUUGUACAGGUCGGGUUUUGGAAACCCGCCUCUGCUCUACGAGAAAGCUCAUUUAGAACAACUGUUUAUUCUUAUGGACCCCAUGAGAACCGGGUUUAUUGAGCCUGAACCAUAUGAAACUGGAAUGAAAACUCUCGGGAUUUGUUCCUACGACAAAAACCCUCCUCUCUCCACCGACGGUUUGGUCUCAAAGGAAUUUUUUAUCGAAGAAGCUUACGAGUGUUUGACUGACCUUUUCGUGGACAUGAUCCGGCGUCAUGGAGGUCAGUUGACGCCGCCGUCACUAGUGACGCCGCCGCCGACCGAAGUCGACUUGGUGCCUAGUGUCGCAAGCAGCGGUGGCAUGUAACAUUUUACGUUUCGGGUCCUCGUAAUAAUUCCUUCCUCUCAGCAUGAACAUGCGACUCCAACAAUGCCCAAUAUCAGAGAACCCCAAUAAGGAUAAGUAUCAUUUCGUUCCCGCUGUGAUAUAUUCGGAUGCGGUCAUGCAUUAUUUAUGGCUGGGUUUUUGUUUCUCAAAUAUACAAGGCGCAUUUUA